GCAGCUGAUAAGUGGGAAGCGCCGCAGCGGGGGAGGACUCAGCAAGUGACAGUAGACGGAGAGUUAUGUAGGGCCACGUCAUUCUGCCGCCCUCCGCCUCACCUGUGCUUUUCCUGAGGGACACCGGCCAGCUGCCACGCCUCUGAUAAGCCUCACAGGAUUACUGCAGGGCAUAUAGGAUCCACAAGGUCUUCGUAGCCUUAACAACAGCAAUGUAAGGGUGUUGCCCUUAGGUAGUGGGAAGAGAGCGGUACUGCAUAGUAAUAGCAACAGAAGGAUGGGGAGCUUCAGCAAGAUCCUCCCCUACUCUUGCUAUGAGCUUGGCCACUGCUGGAAACACUCUUGCUCCUCAGCCUCCUUUGAAAUUUGUAUCAUUGGUUUCAUUGAAAGCCUCAAGAUCUAUGGUGUGGUGUACCUGCUAACUGGUCUUGUCAAUGCUCAGAAAAUAAGUAUGAAGUAUGGAAAAAAACUCUUGAAGGACUACUUAACAUCAGUCUGUUUCCUGACAGUCAAUGCUUUCGGAUACAUUGGCUCCUACUGUGUUGUCAGACACAUUCUGCAGCACUUCAACUUCCUCACAGUCUCCUUUGUGCCAGGGUUCAUUGGCAGCCUCAUGGCCAUCCUGGUGGAGCGGCCAGCACGACGAACACUCUUGGCCAUCUAUGUUACCAAUGUGGCAUCAGAAUGCUUGUGGAAUUCUGCCGUGGGCCACGGCUAUGUCUCCUCCAUCCCGUGCGGCGAGAUAUUGGUAUUUGCAUCCGCCAUGGCUUACUUGGGCUACUCUUUUCGAUCACAAACUCCCACCAGCAAAUUGAUCAAUUCUAUCAUGCAGGUGUUUCUUGGGAAGGAAGAGUCUGGGCUGAUGGUGAGCCAUCGCCAGACAGCGGCCCGCCAGGAGUGCAUUCCUCACCAGCCUGUGCCGUGGCAUCAAAAGCUACUUGCACUGAUCACCAGUAAACACUACCUGUGUCCACACCGAGGGGGCUGUGUGCCACACUUCAUUUGGACAGGUCUGCAAGGAUUUGCCAGGGGAUUUCUCCUGCAGCUGUCACUGAAGAUGGUUACCUCCAUCCCUAGAGUGGUAAGAGCACCAAGAAAGUUGCUUCCUCUGCUCAUUAAUAAAAACAACAUGGAAGCGGGACUUUUUCUUGGCUGCUUCACUUCAUUAUUCAAGGGAACAUGCUGUGGUGGGAGGUGGUGGCAUGGUGAGGACCGGCCAGAGAGUGGUGCUAUUGCAGGAGUGCUUGCUGCCCUCUCCAUGUACUUUUAUUCUGCUCCUUCCCUUGCUUUGUACAUGAUGUGGAAGGUGGUGGAGAGUAUGUAUGAGAAUGGAUGCAAUGCUGGCUAUUUGCCACGGAUCCCUGGAUCAGUGGAGCUCCUCUAUGCUAUAUCCACAGGAUACCUGUUUCAUGUAUCAGUCAUGGAGCAGCAUCACAUGAAACCUUCUUACUGGAGGUUCUUGCGCAGACUCACAUGGGACAGGUUAGCAGGAUACAAUCGUCACCUCCUUGCUCCUUAUGGAUUUGACAGUGGCAAGAAUUAUCCAGGCUACUGGCCUGACUAUGACUUAAAACACAUCAGUGAGACUGUGAAAUGCUUACAACCAGCGCCCUAGCAGAACAGCAGGAUACCACCAAAGGUCCACCAGCAGGUCUUGCUCACUGGAACAGAUGUGAAUCUUAAUAUUUGGUAACCACUAACAAGAUUAGAUUGAAUGAAUGGAAUUAUUCUCGAGGGUGAUUUACUAACUGAUAUAGGAAAACCAAAUAAACAGACCUACAUCUGUUUGCUUGUUUUGAUUUCUAGACAAGAAAGGCACUUCUGUGAUAAAUUACAAGAUUAAUAGAGUAUGUUUAUUUGUAUUUUUAAAAGUUGUGUAGAUUUUUAUACUCAAUUUCACAAUUUUCAUCAGAUAGAAAGACAAUAGAGUAUAUGAUACAAUGUCAUUGUAGUUGAUUUAUUUAGUGCUUUUGUUUUGGUUGUUUGGUGCUCCUAAAAGUGCUUUUUAGGAUCUUUGUUGUUUGUUUGGUUUGCUAGUGAUAUGAGGUGGCCCACAUUAGAUUGGCUGUUUGCACCAAAAAAAAAAAAAAGUUCGAAGUUUGGUGAAAUUCCAAUAACCAGAAUCUUAUUUUAUAGGGCUUGACAAUCGAAGGCUGUUGUAACGGGUCAUUUCCUUGUGAAGACCAAGGAAAAUCUGUGUUUUCUAUAAGAUUUAAAGGUGUAUGCUUCCUUGCAGAAAUUACUAAAUAGGUACUGUAGCAUUUAUUGGUUCAUGUUGUGGAAUAUUCCUGUCCUGGUAUGAGCAGGUCAGUGAGAUUUAUAAACAUGAAUAUUGUGAGUAAGUAAUGUAAGUGUGGAUGCGAGUAGUUGGGAUGGGACGGCUGUUCUUCCAUGUGAUACUUGUUCCUUGUCUAAUCCUUGUUGCUUCUUCCCUAGCAUUCUUGACCACAAUUUUGUUCCCCAUAGUGUAUUACAAGUGUUUAUAGUUUGGCUUGAUUAGAAUGAUCAAUCCUUUAGUAUGUAUGCCUCCGGAACACUUGUCAUGCACUUGGUGUUGAAUGCAUCCAUCAGUCAACAUAACAGAUUUUACCAACUGGGAAAAAAAUAAUCAUAGACAUGUGUUACUUAAGAUUUUAUUAUAUAUAAUUGUUGUUGUUGUGCCUUAUUCCAGUCUUCAGAAAGCAGAUACAUAAAAUGUUAAUAUUU